GUGGCAGACUGCCGCUACUUCCUGAAAGGCAACAGAGAGCACCUGCUGAGGAUCUUGCCCCUUCAGGACCAACACAUGGACACAGUGGCAUUCAGACAGCAUGGGCUCCAGAAUCAGACAAAAUCCUGAGCGAGCCUUCAUCGUAUUCUUUGGGGCAUCAUGUCCUAUAGCCAGAGAUGAAGUCAUUCAAGAUAGAGGACAGUGGCUAUACAUACUGUACAUGCUGUUAAAUGUCAAGCAAUGCCAUCUAAGCCAAACAACUGCCAGAAAUGGAUGGUGCCUGCGAGCCACCCCUGUAAACCAACAGCCCGUCCUCGCAGGCAUUGACCCGGCUAACAUCAGACGAGAAGCAGCCACGCUGGCCCUCUCCCGAAAGGCACAGACCAGUGAAUCCCACCUCCUCCAUAAGAUCGUCACAGAGACACCACGACGCGUGCGCGUAAAGUCACGACACCCCUUUGCCAUCCAAGCCCAUGAGCUGCUCAGCACAACAUUAGCUGACACUUCCAAGGCCACCUGGAUCAAGACCAAAUGGAGAGAACAGUGGAAGUCAGCAGAACCAUCUAGGCUGCACCACUACAUCAAUGACCCCACAGACGUCUCUGGCCAGGACUUGCCUCUCAACCGCCUGAGGACCGGCGUUGGAUGCUGUGGAGCUGCAAUGAAGAGGUGGGGACUCGCAGAUAGUGCCUCCUGCGAGUGUGGGGACCCAGUCCAGACAGUAGAGCACAUGAUCAGCAGUUGCCCCAAACACCAGCCACCGAAUGGCGAACAAGGCCUGAUUGAUCUGGACGACGACACGUUGACCUGGCUCGCCUCAACAGAGCUGCAAGUCUGA